GGCUCUCUGAACACGAUGUCCACACCUCCUGCCAGCAAUGGUGUAUUUGUCGUCAUCCCGCCCAGCAACGCCAGUGGCCUCCGCCCGCCUCCAGCCAUUGUGCCCACCUCCAUGUGCCAGCCUCCAGGGAUCAUGCAGUUCGAAGAGUCACCGCUGGGGGCGCAGGCGCCCAGGGCCAGCCAGCCACCUGACCUAAGACCAAUAGAGACCUUCUUGACCGGAGAGCCAAAAGCUUUAGGGACGGUGCAGAUCCUGAUUGGCCUCAUCCACCUUGGCUUUGGCAGCGUCCUGCUCAUGGUCCGCCGAGGUCACCUGGGGAUGCUUUUCAUCGAAGGUGGCGUCCCCUUCUGGGGAGGAGCUUGCUUCAUCAUCUCUGGAUCCCUCUCGGUAGCAGCUGAGAAAAACCACACCAGUUGCCUGGUGAAGAGCAGUCUGGGAACCAACAUCCUCAGUGCAAUGGCGGCCUUCGCUGGGACAGCCAUUCUUCUCAUGGACUUCGGAGUCACUAACUGGGAUGUGGGCAGGGGCUACCUUGCUGUGUUGACCAUCUUCACCAUCCUGGAGUUCUUCAUCGCUGUCAUCGCCACCCACUUUGGGUGCCAAGCCACCCGUGCCCAGACUAACGCGUCUGUGAUUUUCCUACCCAACGCCUUCGGCACGGACUUCACCAUCCCCAGCCCAGCAGUCUCUCCACCCCCUGCCUAUGACAAUGUGGCAUAUAUGCCCAAGGAGUCAUCGGAGUAG